AUGGAAUUUUUAGAUACAAUUAUCAACCAAUUUCAAAAUAAUCCAUUAAAUUGGAUACUUUUCUCUUUUUUAAUUUAUGUGAUUUACUUAUCGUUCACGCCAAUCCCCUAUCAAUUACCAAAAGUAAAACAUCCAGAAACUACAAUAUUCAAAGAGUAUACGCCAAAACAAUUAAGAGAAUUUGAUGGAAGAAAUUUACAUACUAAAAUUUUUUUAGCGGUUUCGGGAAAUAUUUAUGAUGUUAGUAAAGGAAGAAGUUUUUAUGGGCCAGAUGGACCAUAUGGGAAUUUUGCAGGAAGAGAUGCAUCAAGAGGACUUGCAAAGAAUUCCUUUGAUCUUGAUGUGUUAACACCGAUUGAUCAAGAGAUUGAUAAAUUAGAAGAUUUAAGUCAUGAAGAAUUAGACAGUCUUAAUGAAUGGCAUGAUGGAGGGAAAUUUUAUUAA